AUGGAGCGCGUGUACGAAGAAGUCUCGAGGCGUAAGUCCCAGACGAGUGCGGGCUCUGCAGCGCCCCGAGGGUCUUCCGAGACGGACAGCAGCGCCACGCCGACGGCUUCUGAUGCUCCGCUUCCAACGGCUGCAAGUGGAGCAGCUACCGACAGUGCGGGUCUUCGCUGCACUUAUCAGGCUCAGACUCAGGCUCAGGACAGGAAGCGGCCGCGAGGUGGCGCGAAGCGCGUAGGGUUUGCUACGCCGCCGCCCACCGCUGUGUCGGGCUCAUCAUCAAAACGGCGAAGACGGAGACAGGAAAGGGCGAACCGGAGACGCUCAAGCAGUGAAGAGGAUAAAGGCGCGACGUUGCUGGAUGUUGACGAUGCAACGGUGCAGUAUAUCGAUGCAGUGCUGGUGAAACCAGAUCCGCAGGUCUUCAACAAGUACACGAGGUUCUUCCUGGACCCGAAGCUUGAGACGUUGUACCAAGAUUUCACAGCGAUUUAUUGGUUCGGUCGAGCGCGCUGGCACAUCGGAGUAUGGAUGGCGGUGCACGUGUUUGUGAACCUUGUCUUCUACGUGCUGCCGAGCUCCGGGUUCACUGGGAUGGACCAGUUCAUUCUCUCGUACGAUUCGCUGCCGACGAUCUUCCAGUGGAUUUACAUCCCGAUCGCGCUUCCGUUCGCUGCGCUCCCCAACAAGUACAACCCGUUUCAGACACGAUGGCGGAGCUGGGUGUGUCUUAUCAUCAUCUUCUUCAACCUGACAUUCCAGGUAUGGCUGGCCGAUGCCAGUCGCUUGGCGACCAACGCCUACACAACAGUGGUUGAUGAUUUUUUGUCGUGUGAAGCAUCGAACUCCGCGCUCUCGGCUGCGUUUCCUGGUUUUAACGGAAGCUCAAGCGGGAGCGACGACCUUCUGAGCAGCGAUGCUAUCAACAACGCUCUAGCCUAUCUGGACGACGAGCAGCGGGACCUGGCGAUUAGCGUGACGCACAUGUGCUCGGAUGCGCUGGUCCAGACACUCGUGGGCUUUGCGUCACUGUUCAGUUUCCUGUUCGUGAUAUCCAUUCGUCUGGAGUUUGUCCAAGUCGUGGUCGUGGCUGUCACGGGUGGCGCCAUCUACGCCAUUGUUGUAAGUGCUUUCGGACUCCAGUUGCAGUGGCUGAUCACGUUUGCGUAUGGUAUGGCUGUCGUGCUGCUGUUGAUCUUGUCGUAUUCGUCGGACCGUACCAACCGGCGCUCCUUCCUCUCGAAUUUCUUGGUCGAGAAAGAGAACGAAAAUCUGAAGUCGUCGCUGAAGCAAGCCGAGGCUGCGCUGCAGAAUGAUGCUGCUCACGCUGAUGAGGAGCGCGCCGUGGCGCGCGUCCUCGCAGCACCGGAAAUGCGUCACCUUGAGAUGAUUCACAUCCCGUUCGCGGACCUAACAUUUCUGCAGGCAAUUGGCCGUGGCUCGAUGGGCGACGUGAUCAAGGCCAGAUACUUUGGCACCAUUGUUGUCUGCAAACGCAUGCGUCGAGAGCAUAUUGUGGAAUCCGGAGGCGGCCAGAAUCGUAAUGGGAACCGAAAUGCGUCGAACGGGGACAGCGCACUGGCAAGUUUCCGCGACGAGAUCGAGUUGAUGUCGUGUCUGCGGCAUCCGAACAUCGUGCAGUUCAUCGGUGCCAGUUGGGACAAUGCCUCUAAUUUGUGCAUUGUUAUGGAAUAUCUGGAAAACGGCGACAUGCACAGUGUGCUGCAUUCGGGGCUCGGCAAGAACUUCACAUGGGCUGAUCCGCUGCUCAAGAUGGCGGUCGACGCUGUGCAGGGUAUGCUCUAUCUGCACUCUCAGGAGCGUCCGGUGGUUCACCGCGAUCUGAAGAGUGUCAACAUUCUAUGCUCGGCAACAUUCGGUUGCAAGGUUGGCGACUUUGGACUCAGUCGCCGGUACAAGAAGGGCGUCGACGCUCUUACGACGCUCGUAGGAACGCCGUUCUGGCUGGCCCCCGAAAUUAUUCGCAGCGAGCGUUAUGGCCCGGAGGCCGAUGUCUACUCGUUCGGGAUCGUGCUCACUGAACUAGAAACACGUCGUACUCCGUAUCACGAUCAGGAAGAGACCGGGCUGAAGGUGCUUAUGCGCGUGGCGCACAAGGGACUGCGGCCGUCGCUCCCGCCAACGUGUCUUCCAGAGCGUCGCAAACUGAUCGAGGACUGUCUCCGAGAUGUCCGUGCGCAUCGUCCAACGUUCGCACAAGUGCUAUCGCGAUUACAGGGGCCCGUAUUGCUCGAGAUCGAGGGCCACGCUGCUGCCCAACCCGAUGUCAAACGGCGCGUGCUACUGCAGCGCUAUCAGGAACGCCGGAGUCUCUAG